AUGCCUCCAAAGAAAAGGUCUGGAGUGAAAAAAGGAGCCGAGGGUUCAGGUGAGCAGCUCAAACUUCAGAGUAAAACUAACAAGAGGAAAGUAGCAGGUUCUGAUGGUUCUGAGUCGUCUGGUCCUCUGAUGUACAGCCACUGGUUGAUGAAGUCCGAGCCCGAGAGCCGCCUUGAGAACGGUGUUGAUGUGAAGUUCGGCAUCGAGGACCUGAAGGUUCUACCUGACCAGACGGGCUGCUGGGACGGAGUCCGCAACUAUCAGGCUCGUAAUUUCCUUCGGCAGAUGAAGGCGGGGCAGCCGGCGUUCUUCUACCACAGCAACUGCAAAGAACCGGGGAUCGCAGGGAUCAUGACCAUCGUGAAGGAGGCUUACGUGGACCACACCCAGUUCGACAGGAAGGACGUCCACUUCGACGCCAGCAGCAGGGAGGACAACCCCAAGUGGAGCAUGGUUGACGUGAAGUUCCACAGAAUGAUGAAGCGCUUCCUUCCUCUGUCAGAGCUGAAGAAGCUCCACCUGCAGCACCGCCGCGACGGAGGGCCGUUAAGGGGUGCCGCUUUGUUUACCCGAGCCAGGCUCUCCGUUCAGCCCCUCACCUCCGAAGAAUUCGACUUCAUCCUGAGUCUGGAGGACAAAGAGCCGCAGUGA